AUGGGAAGCACCUACAUUUUACCAAAUAGCCCAUUACAUAGAAAUUCUAAAGAUUUGACCCGCAUUUCACUUUCUUUAGAUGAUCAUUUUUAUGAUUAUAAAGUUAACGAAACUUACAGUUGUUUAUUAUCUGAAAUCAGAGAUGAAAAUGAUUUACAAAGUUUAAUUAAUGAACUUGAUUUUGCAAAUCCUUUAUCUGGGACAGAAUAUCUUUCCAUUGAUGAAGUAGAAAGAAAUGACAAUGACAAUUAUGAGG